AUCAAAUAAUUUUUCCGAUGAGCGUUGUCGAAAAGGGCUGACAGCUAGCUGUCAAGAUAGCCUUGCAUAGACACUUGAAUUGUCACAUUGCACAAGUUUGGUGCUUUCAACACUAGACCAAAAUAGAACAGAAAAUAAUAGAAUAGGGGUGCUUUCAACUCCAUAGAAUAGAAUCUAGGAUAGUAUAGCUUCUUUACUUUUCCCAAGGUACACGGUUUCGACCAUUGUCCUUUGAGGUCCCGAAACCCUUGUUUCCAGUGGCUGGUGUGCCCAUGCUUCAGCAUCACGUUGAAGAAUGUGCCAAGGUGCCAAAUAUGAAGGAGAUUUUGCUAAUUGGCUUUUACCAGCCAAAUGAAGAACUUACCAGAUUCAUGUCUAGCGCACAGCAGGAAUUCAAAAUCUCAAUCAGGUAUUUGCAGGAGUAUGCUGCUUUGGGCACUGGAGGCGGCAUCUACCAUUUCAGAGAUCAGAUUCUAUCUGGUGGCCCUGAGGCGUUCUUCAUUAUGAAUGCUGACGUGUGCUCCGAGUUUCCUCUACCAGAGAUGCUCAACUUCCAGAAGGAACACGGAGAGUCUAGCAGUUUCGUCAUCCUGGGGACAACUGCAAACAGAAAGCAGUCCAUGAACUAUGGCUGUAUUGUGGAAAACCAGCAAACGAAUGAGGUUUUACAUUAUGUGGAGAAGCCUAGCACUUUUGUGAGUGACAUCAUCAACUGUGGAAUCUACCUGUUUACCCCGGAGAUCUUCCAACACAUUGGGGCAGUCUUCCAGAAGAACCAGCAGGACAUGCUGUUAUAUCCAUACGAGGGAGACGAGCAGACCAAUGGCAAUGGCUGGCAUCGGGCUGAGGCCAUUCGGUUAGAACAAGACAUCUUCACAGCCCUGGCUGGGCAGGGCAAGCUCUAUGUCUACAAAACACCUGCCAUCUGGAGUCAAAUCAAAUCUGCAGGGUCUGCAAUAUACGCCAGUCGCUUGUACCUCAACCAGUACCAUAAAACCCACCCUGAAAGACUGGCUACAAACAAGGAAGGAGGGCCUAGAAUAAGUGGAAAUGUUUACAUUCACCCAACAGCCAAUAUUGACCCUACUGCGGUGUUGGGUCCCAACGUCUCCAUAGGCACAGGUGUGACCAUCGGGGCUGGGGUGCGAGUGAGGGAGUCCAUUAUUCUCCAUGGGGCUACUCUACAGGAUCACAGUUGUGUGUUGAACUGUAUAGUGGGAUGGGACAGCACUAUCGGCAAGUGGGCCAGAGUUGAAGGAACUCCCAGUGACCCCAAUCCAAAUGACCCCUAUGCCAAAAUAGAUAGUGAAACACUCUUCAGAGAUGGAGAACUCACACCAUCAAUCACCAUUCUUGGUUGUAAUGUAACUAUCCCGGCCGAGGUAAUCAUACUCAACUCAAUUGUUCUGCCAUACAAAGACCUCAACCGGAGCUUCAAAAACCAAAUUAUAUUGUAGUUAAUUUUCUGUGUGCGCUGGUCAUUUAGUGUCAAACCAAAUGAAGGAUUUUAGCUUGAAGAUCAAUGCCACUGCCUCUGGGUUAUUGUACAUAAGAUAAAUAUAUAAAAAGGAGAUGACACUUAUUUAGGUGUUUGGAAAGUUCUAGAUUUGAUAUUGUGUACCCCCCCCCCCCCCUUUAUGCAUUAACUGACGUUACCAUCAUUUGAGAUGCUUUGGGAGGCUGAUGAUGAGCGUUGGUUGGUUUGAUUACUUCGACACGUCUGAAUGUCAUCCCACCACUUUUAUGAAACGUACGUUUCAUAAAAUGUAUUUUAACUGUUACAUUUCUGCACUAGCCCUAUAAUGAGCUCUGUAUGAUGGAUUCACUACCAUGUAAGGGGAAUUAUAAAAUAAUUAUCAUAUUUUGGCAUAGGGUUGCUGGCAUUACUUAUUUUAGGUGGUGGUGCUAACCUUUUGUUACUCAAAUUGCGCCCUGAAAAUGUAAACUAAUCAGCUGCAGACUUUUAUAAGAUUGCAAAAUAAAAGGAAUUGGUUAC